AUGGCGAAGGAAUACGCCAGUCCUGCCCCUGCAGACGGAGAGCCUCGCAAAAGAGGUCGCCCUCGCACUCUGGAGGGACGCGUCGCCAAAGCGCCCUACGUUCCCACUGGCCGGCCACGCGGCAGACCCAGGACGGCGACUCCCAAGACUCCCAGCGGUAGACCACGCGGUCGUCCCAAGGGCAGCUUCAAGAAAACUGAGGAGGGCAAGACGCCAGCCAAGGCGCAGAGCACAGGCACAGGCGCAGGCGCAGGCACAGGCACCGGCACCGGCACGGCCACAACCACGGCCACGGGCACAAGAACAGGCAAACGCGGCAGGCCGCGCAAAUCGGAUGCUGCCUCUCCUUCUGCCUCUGCAAAGGCUGAAACUCCCGUCACCAAGACCAAGAAUGGAAGGGGCCGGCCCAGAAAAGUCGUCACGCCCCUUGAGCCAGUUGCCGCUGCUGAUGAUUCCGAUGAGGUCGACGAAGACGCACACUACGCCGAGGUGGUCGGGGACGCUGAAGACGCCGAAGGCGAGGAAGACGAGGACAUCAGUGGAGCACCGACAUCAGCCCCAGAUGAGAUGACCGGUCAGUCGCCGUGGCUCUCAAAACUGACUGGAUACUUUGGUUGA